CAUGUUGGUUCUCUUUCUCCCAUCAGCGAAGACGUCUGUAAACGAGGAUUCACCGUCAUCAUCGACAUGCGUGGAUCAAAGUGGGAGCUGAUCAAGCCUCUGCUAAAGACUCUGCAGGAGUAUUUCCCAGCAGAAAUCUGUGUGGCUCUCAUCAUAAAACCAGACAACUUCUGGCAGAAGCAGAAGACCAACUUCGGCAGUGCAAAGUUCUCCUUUGAGACCAGCAUGGUGUCAGUGGAAGGUUUGGCCAAACUGGUGGACCCUUCACAGCUAACUGAAGACUUUGAAGGCUCUCUGGACUACAACCACGAGGAGUGGAUGGAGCUGAGGGUGUCGUUAGAAGAGUUCAUGUCCAAUGCUGUUCACCUGCUGUCUAGACUGGAGGACCUACAAGAGCUUUUGUCCAAAAAGGACUUUCCUGCGGAUGUAGAAGGAUCCCGGCGGUUAAUAGAGGAGCACACACAGCUGAAGAAAAAGGUACUAAAGGCUCCAGUGGAGGAGUUGGACCGCGAGGGCCAGCGGUUGCUUCAGUGCAUUCGAUCCAGUGAUGGAUUUUCUGGAAGGAACUGCAUCUCAGGUUCUGCUGACUUUCAGAGCCUGGUGCCAAAGGUUGCCAGUCUGCUAGAUAAGCUCCACUCCACCAGGCAGCACCUCCAUCAGAUGUGGCAUGUCAGGAAGCUUAAACUGGACCAGUGCUUCCAGCUGCGGCUCUUUGAACAGGACGCUGAGAAAAUGUUCGACUGGAUUAGCCACAACAAGGAGUUAUUCUUGCAGAGUCACACAGAGAUCGGACGCAGUUACCAACAUGCUGUGGAGCUGCAAACGCAACACAACCACUUCGCCAUGAACUCUAUGAACGCCUACGUAAACAUCAACAGAAUCAUGUCGGUGGCGAGCCGUCUAGCGGAGGCUGGCCACUAUGCAUCCACACAAAUCAAGCAGAUCUCUACUCAGCUGGAUCAGGACUGGAAAAGUUUUGCCGCUGCACUUGAUGAACGCUCUACUAUCCUCGCCAUGUCCUCUGUCUUUCACCAGAAGGCUGAGCAGUUCUUGUCAGAGGUGGAAGCCUGGUGUAAAGUCUGCAGUGAGGGGGGGUUACCGUCUGAGAUGCAGGAGCUGGAAAUCGCCAUCCAUCGCCAUCAGAGCCUGUACGAGCAGGUGACCCAGGCCUACACCGAGGUGAGUCAGGAUGGGAAAGCGCUGCUGGAUGUCCUGCAGAGACCUCUGAGUCCAGUCAACUCUGACUCCCUAACGGCGACGGCCAAUUACUCCAAAGCGGUUCAUUGCAUCCUUGACGUGGUGCAUGAGGUCCUUCAUCAUCAGCGGCGCCUGGAAAACAUUUGGCAGCAUCGAAAGGUCCGACUGCACCAGAGGCUGCAGCUGUGUGUGUUCCAGCAAGACGUACAGCAGGUUAUGGACUGGAUAGAAAACCACGGCGAGGCCUUCCUCAGCAAACACACAGGGGUUGGGAAAUCCCUCCAUCGAGCCCGAGCCCUGCAGAAAAGGCACGAUGACUUUGAAGACGUAGCCCAGAACACGUACACCAAUGCAGACAAGCUGCUGGAAGCGGCCGAGCAGCUGGCUCAGACAGGAGAAUGUGACCCAGAGGAAAUCUACAAGGCAGCCAGACACCUGGAGGUGCGGAUCCAGGACUUUGUUCGGCGGGUGGAGCACAGGAAGCUGCUGCUCGACAUGUCCGUGUCCUUCCACACACACACCAAGGAGCUUUGGUCGUGGAUGGAGGAGCUGCAGAAGCAGCUGCUGGAAGACGUGAGCUGCGACUCGGUGGACUCGGUCCAGACUCUGAUUCAACAGUUUCAGCAGCAGCAGACGGCGACGCUGGAGGCGACGCUUAAUGUGAUCAAAGAGGGGGAGGAGUUAAUGCAGCAGCUCAGAGACGCAGCCAUGUCGACCAGCAAGACGCCUCACUGCAGCUCCAUCGCACACAUCCAGGGGGUGCUGCAGCAGCUGGAUGAGGCUCAGGGCCAGAUGGAGGAGCUUUUCCACGAACGCAAAAUCAAGCUGGACAUUUUUCUGCAGCUGCGCAUCUUUGAGCAGUACACGCUAGAGGUGACAUCAGAGCUGGACGCCUGGAACGAGGAUCUGUCUCGUCAGCUGAAGGACACCAACCGUUCGGGAGGCAGCAGCAGUAGCAGCAGCAGCAGCGGCAGCUCCUCGUCCAGCGGUGCCGAGGAUAUAAGCCUGGCAGAGCAGCGGCUGAAACGGCACGCAGAGAGGAAGGCCGCCAUGAACAACAUGACCUACGAAGUGAUGCAGCAGGGUCAGGACCUCCAUCAGUACAUCAUGGAGGUGCAAGCAUCAGGGAUCGAGUUAACAGGAGAGAAGGACAUGGACCUGGCCUCCCAGGUGCAGGAGCUGCUCGAGUUCCUCCAUGAGAAGCAGCAGGAGGUGGACAUCAGCGCGCAGCACACACACACAAGGCUGGAGCAGACCCUGCAGCUGCGCCACCUACAGGCCGAGGUCAAACAGGUACUGGGCUGGAUCCGGAACGGCGAGUCCAUGUUGAACGCCAGCAUGGUGAAUGCCAGCUCUCUGUCUGAGGCCGAACAGCUGCAGAGGGAGCAUGAACAGUUCCAGAUUGCCAUAGAGUCUCUAUUUCACGCCACUUCCCUCCAGAAGACUCAUCAAAGUGCUCUGCAGGUGCAGCAAAAGGCUGAGAUGAUGCUGCAGGCGGGUCACUAUGACCCUGAGGCGAUCCGCGGCUGUGCUGAGAAGGUGGCCAUCCACUGGCAGCAGCUGAUGCUAAAGAUGGAGGACCGCCUGAAGCUGGUCAACGCCUCUGUGGCCUUCUACAAGACGUCAGAGCAGGUGUGCAGCGUGUUGGAGAGCCUGGAGCAGGAGUACCGCAGGGAUGAAGACUGGUGUGGGAGCCAUGACAAACUUGGGAGUUCAGUGGAGAGUGAUCAUCUGCUGCCCCUGAUCAGCAAGCACCUGGAGCAGAAGGAAGCCUUCCUGAAGGCGUGCACGCUGGCGCGGAGGAAUGCUGAGGUGUUCCUGAAAUACAUCCACAGAAACAAUGUGAGCACACCUGGAGCCGCAGGCCACGCUAGAGGACCUGAGCAGCAGGUUAAAGCCAUUCUGAACGAGCUGCUGCAGAGGGAGAACCGGGUUCUUCACUUCUGGACGCUGAAGAAACGAAGGCUGGACCAGUGUCAGCAGUACUUGGUGUUUGAACGCAGUGCCAAACAGGCUUUGGACUGGAUUCAGGAGACAGGAGACGUUUACCUGACUACACAUACAUCUCCUGGGGAGAGCAGUGAGGAAACACAGCAGCUGCUCAAUGACUACCAUCACUUUAGACUCUCUGCUAAGCAAACCAAGGAGAAGGUGAAGCUUCUGAUCCAGCUGGCAGACAAUCUGGUGGAGAAAGGCCACGCCCACGUGUCGGAGCUGAAGCGCUGGGUCAGCACAGUGGACCGCAGAUACCGGGACUUCUCUGUGCGCAUGGCCAAAUAUCAGGAGAGCCUGGAGAGGAGCCUGGGCGUCAGCUCUGAGGACAAUAAAGACCUGGAGCUGGACAUCAUGCCUGCAAGUUUGACGGACGACCCUGAGGUCAAACUACGGGAUCCCAAUCAUGAGGUCAAUGAGGAGAAAAGGAAGUCGGCCAGAAAGAAAGAGUUCAUCAUGGCUGAGCUGCUGCAGACAGAGAAGGCCUACGUCAGGGAUCUGCAGGAGUGUCUAGAAACCUACCUGAGGGAGAUGACCAGCGGUGAGGAGGAGAUUCCUCAAGGCAUCGCCAACAAGGAACAAAUUAUUUUCGGCAACAUGCAGGAGAUCUAUGACUUCCACAACAGUAUUUUCCUGAAGGAACUGGUGAACUAUGAGCAGCUUCCAGAGGAUGUGGGCCACUGCUUCGUCACCUGGGCUGAUAAGUUCCACAUCUAUGUGGACUACUGCAAGAACAAACCCGACUCCAGUCAGCUCAUCCUGGAGCACGCUGGCAGCUUCUUUGACGACAUUCAGCAGAGACGUGGGCUGGGAAACACGCUCAACUCCUACCUCAUCAAACCAGUCCAGAGAAUCACGAAGUACCAACUUCUGCUGAAGGAGCUGCUAUCAUGCUGCGAGGAGGGUAAGGGCGAGAUCAAAGAUGGUUUGGAGGUGAUGCUCAGUGUUCCUAAGAGAGCCAACGACGCCAUGCAUUUAGCCAUGCUGGAGGGCUUUGAGGAGAACCUGGGGGUUCAGGGUGAGCUGAUCCUCCAGGACAGCUUCCAGGUCUGGGACCCACGCGCCCUGAUCCGAAAGGGGCGGGACCGCCACCUUUUCCUGUUUGAGUUUUCAUUGGUCUUCAGCAAAGAGAUCAAAGACUCAGCAGGAAGGACGAAGUACCAAUACAAGAACAGACUACUGACGGCAGAGUUGGGAGUAACGGAGCACAUAGAGGGUGACCCGUGUAAAUUUGCUCUAUGGGCAGGAAGAACCCCCUCCUCUGAUAAUAAAACUGUGCUAAAAGCUUCCAGCAUGGAAGCCAAACAAGAGUGGAUAAAAAACAUCCGUGAGGUGAUCCAAGAGAGAAUGACUCACCUGAAGGGGGCGCUGAAGGAGCCUCUUCAUCUGCCUAAAACGCCGGCGCUGACCAAGCCCAGGAAUUAUCCAAAGAGGGAGGGAGAAGACGGAGACAGCCAGGGAGACGGCAGCAGCCAACCAGACACCAUCUCCAUCGCCUCCAGGACGUCCCAGAACACCAUGGACAGUGACAAGGGUCUCCUCAGCAGCUACUAUGGGCUGCAGCAGGGGUGGGAGGGAGUGUCUGUG